GUCCUUAGUCGUAUACUAAUUCCAUAGCAGCAGAUGGAAUACUGUCGCUUCGCUCGCUGAAACACUCGCCACUUUUUUUUCCCCCUCUCUUUUCCUCCCUCAUUUUCUCUUUCUUCGUCCCCAAAUUCUUCCUCGUCAGAUAUUCCUUGCAUCGAUCGCCCACCUUCCUCCCGGAAUUGUCUCCGCCAGGACGGCAUUCCUUACGUCUCUAGCGCUUGCGGAGCCAUCUUUCUCUUCUCUCCACCUCGAUUCUCUGGACUGUCGCGUGCGUACUUUCCCAUCACAGCCAUGCGUUUCGGCAAGACUCUUCGGAACUCCAUCUAUCCCCCAUGGGCUGGGAAUUAUAUUGAUUACCAUCGUCUAAAGGUGCUUCUGAGGGAGCAUGAUGUCAUUGGAGAUGGCAGCGAUUCGGAGAGCACCCCAUGGACCGAGCAGGACGAAGAGGCCUUCGUCCAAGAACUCCUCAAUGUUCAGCUCGAUAAGGUCAAUGCUUUCCAGAUGGAAACUCUGCAGCAAUUGCGGGAGCGUACCACCACUUGCGAGACCCGGCUGCGCCCAUUGACCACUUCCACCGAUGAUGAACCGCCUGUUGCGAUCGAGGACGAGGAGAAAAAGAGAGUCGCUUCCGAUGUUAUGCAGGAAUUGGAUGGCAUCACCAAGGAAGUGACCGAACUGGAGAAGUACAGUCGGAUCAAUUUCACGGGCUUCCUCAAAGCUGCGAAGAAGCAUGACCGCAAGCGUGGUACACGGUACCGUGUCAAGCCUCUGCUCCAAGUGCGCCUCUCACAGCUCCCAUUCAACUCGGAGGACUAUUCGCCAUUGGUCCGCAGGUUGUCCGUGAUGUACUCCUUUGCCCGCGAGAUCCUCAGCCAGGGCGUUGUUGAAGCUAAAGAUCCUGCCGAACCCCGUAUCGGUCAGGAUGUCUACUCCUCGUUUAAGUUCUGGGUCCACGCGGACAAUGUUCUCGAGGUGAAGACAUAUAUCCUCCGGCAACUUCCCGUCCUCAUCUAUAACCCUGGUACUUCCAAGGAUCUGAACACCGUCCCCGACGACCCUACGAUUACUUCUCUGUACUUUGACAACCCACAAUUCGAUCUCUAUACCCAAAAAGUCGCCCGUGCCCCUGAAGCAGGCUCUCUGCGGCUGCGGUGGACUGGAAAUUUGCACGAUAAGCCGGCCAUCUUCCUGGAGAAGAAGGUCGUGACAGAUGAUGAUCGCAGUCGCGAGGUGAAGGUGCAGCUGAAGCAGAAACACGUCAAGGAGUUCCUGGACGGAGAAUACCGCUUCGACAAGAAGGUGCAUCGGUUGGAGAAUAUGGGCAACGGAGAUUCUGAACAAGCGGAGGCUUUGAAGAAGGAUGUGGAUGAGCUGCAAUCUUUCAUCAAGGAGCAUAACCUGCAGCCUAUGCUUCGCGCCAACUACACCCGUACAGCCUUCCAAAUUCCCGGGGAUGACCGGAUCCGAAUCUCUCUCGAUACCAACCUUGCUUUAAUUCGGGAGGACUCGUUAGAAGAACUGCGUCCGUGCCGUGAGGCCAAUGAAUGGCAUCGACGAGACAUUGAUGAUGCUGGUAUGGAAUAUCCGUUCCAGUCCAUCAGAACAGGCGAAAUCGCUCGUUUCCCCCAUGCCUUGCUGGAGAUUAAGCUCAGAGGGGAUGCGACACAUAGCGCUGAAUGGGUCAAGGACCUUAUGGUUUCCCAUCUUGUGAAGGAAGCCCCACGAUUCUCCAAGUUCGUCCACGGUGUUGCCCAGCUCUUCGAAGACUACGUCAACAGCUUCCCCUUCUGGCUCGGCGAGCUGGAAAGCGACAUCAGGCGGGAUCCUGCGACAGCUUUCAACGAAGAACGGGAGCGGCUUGCGAAACGUGUCGAGGAUGAGAUGGCAGUCGGAAGCUUUUUGGGGGGCAAAAGUCCCUCGACCCGGCUCAUGGUCGGGUCCCCCGUUCAGAUGUUCACCGAGACAGAGUCGUCACGACACCGACAAUCCCCACAGAUUGUGCAGCCCUCUCCUCGCCCAUCUGCUCCAGAAGUGGCUGGUACUCCUGAACGCCAGGAGCCUGUCGAGGACGCGGAACAGGAGGUGGAACCGCCGGUCACUAUGAAGCGCUUGGCUGCUCUUUUCCCCUCCUUUAACAUCGCGCGCCAGAACCGCGCAAAUGCAGAUACCGUUGUCUUGCCGCCUGGUGUCCGGGACCCCGGUACGUGGAUUAAGGACUCGGGGCCAGUCCGUGUUGAGACCAAGGUUUGGCUUGCCAACCAGCGGACCUUCAUCAAGUGGCUCCACGUCAGCAUCCUGCUUUCUUCGCUUUCUCUGGGUCUGUACAACGCGGCUGGUAAGAACAACGACAUCGCUCGCGCCUUGUCCAUUGUCUACACCUCCUUCGCCAUAUUCGCCGCCGGUUGGGGAUGGUAUAUGCACGAGAAGCGGGCCCGCCUGAUCCGCCAACGGAGCGGACGAGACCUCGACAACAUGUUCGGACCCAUUGUCGUGUGUAUCGGGCUAGCAAUUGCACUGGUACUGAACUUUGCCUUUAAGUAUAAUUCCACCCUGGAGAGGCUCCGAGACAACCAGCCUGUUGAGCCGGUUCCCGGCCUGAACUCGACUGCCUUCAUCAAUAAGUCCAACAUGUGGCAGCUGGUCAACCAAGGCGGACAUACGCUCUAAGAACCCUGUUCUCACUGAGAUUUCAACCCAGAUUGGCGAAGGCUAGAUUGUACCCACCCACUGUCAAGUGCACAGCAAUGUAAGGGACUGUCAACCCAACCUUUAUCCUUGGUAUAUACAGGGUAAAUCGUCAAUAAUGGAAAAUAGCUUCUUCACAAGACAUUCGUCAUGUAAUCGUAGAGUUUAAGUUCAUUUCAUCGUCAAUACAUAAGUAGCCCUACAACAAUCCAGGUCUAUACAAAACAAGGGGGAAACACACACACACACACACACACACACACACAUACACACACACACACAUG